AUGAGAACUAUGAAACUUGUUUUAGUGGCACAACUAGUGGCCGCCACUUCAGCGCUUGCUCCACCAAACAAUCAUCAGAAUCAACCGAAACGGCAGCCACAGACUGAAAUAUCCAGAAGAGAUGCCGUGGCAAUUUCGACGUCUGCCGCUACCAUUCUCUUAAAUGGUGUAAUGGAGGUAAAGGCUGCUGAAAAUAUCGAUAUGGAAGCUAUCUACGCUGCCCGAACCAAAGCCCCAACCUCGGUUGGUGAAUUGGUUGGAGGAGUCACCACUCCAGGAUCCAACAGCAACGACACACGGGAAAAGGUGGAUAUGGACAAAAUCAAUGCAGCUCGUUCCAAAGCUGGUAAUCCAAUUACUGCCAAAUCCAAAAUGGUCGCCCCCAAUAGUGAUCCAGGACCUCUCUUGGGCAUUCGCGGAGGCAACAAGGGCAAGUCAGUGGUGAAGAUUCCUCGCGUCGGCUAUUCGCUUUACAAAACCCCAGCAGAGCAGGCGGAAAAGGCAACGUCAGUAGCACUGCGUAGUGGUAUUUUACACAUUGAUGUUGGAAGUUUAUAUGGGUCGAAUGGAGAGGUGGCCAAGUCGCUACAAAAGUACUUGAACAUUGGCAUUAGUGGCUUGGGUUUGGCAAAGGAUGAAAAGCCAGAGUUGCUGGAACGAUUGGAUGCUGCCUAUGCAGCAGGAACCGACAAGAGUGUUUCCACAGUGAGCUCGGGAACAUCCAACAACCUCUCCCCGGCUCCCGAUGGAUCCGUUGGACGUAGCGGCCGACGACAACAACUCUUCGUUUCGCACAAGAUUUCCAACGCCGAGCAGUCCACCGAUCCCGUCAAGGUGCGACGAGCCGUUAAAAAUGCCAUCAAAGAGUUGGGAUGCACCUAUCUCGAUAUGGUAUCCAUACACAGUCCAUUGACGGAUUCGGAACGGCGACUGGAAACAUACAAAACGCUGCUGAACCUUCGAGAUGGCGGUUUUACCAAGACAGUAGGAGUCUGUAACUACGGUUUGGCAGCACUCAAGGAGAUCGCUGCUGCCGAUUUAGAACUCCCUGCCGUGAACCAAAUCGAGCUCAGUCCAUUCAAUGCACACAAGGAAAUUGUCGAUUGGUGUAGUACCUAUGGGAUCGCUGUUUCUUGUGGGGCCUGGUCUCGAUUAUCGAGUGCCGAUGGGCCCACCGAAGGCUGGGAAGUGGUCUCCAAAAUAGCCGCGGCCAAAGGAAUGACCAAAGCUCAAGUUCUGGUCCGGUGGUCACUUCAAAAGGGUUACAUAUGUGUUCCAAGAUCUGCCGCCAAGGCAAAGGUUGAGAAGGUUGCAAUUGCAGAGAACUCGUAUGGUGGUGUCAACCAGGAAGCAUCCUUUGUGCUGACAAAGGACGAAAUGGAUACUUUGGAUUCAUUGGACGUUGGAUACAAGGCUGGAAAACUCGGAAGAAUAGAUGGAUGGGAUGCUUCCGACAUUCAAGGGCCCGAUUGGGAUCCCACAGACUUUGUGUAA